UCGGUAUCUUUGAUCUUCGCAGUUCUAAAGCGCGACUGUUUGUUACUUUCAAGUCGCGGCGAUCGUCACAUCAUAAAGAACUUUUCCUCUCUCACGCGAGUCUCAAACGCUCUUCCGAGCGCGGAAAACAGGGACGACAACAAUCAGAAGUGCAUUAAUAAAGUUCGUUCGAAUAUGCCGCAGCUGAACGGUGGAGGGGGAGAUGAUCUCGGGGCGAAUGAUGAGAUGAUCCCGUUUAAAGAUGAAGAAGAUCACGAGAAGAUCCGCGAGAGCGCGUUUACGGAGAGCGACCUGGCUGAUCUCAAAUCAUCUCUGGUCAAUGAAUCCGAGAUCAGCCAGAACUCAAACUCUGCAGUGAUCAGAAGAGGACAGCAGGAAGAUCAGAGAAUCUACACCGAUAAACGAGAACAUCUGGACGACGUGCCCAGACAUCAAGAUGGUGGAAUGUAUAAAGCGCCGUAUUCUGGAUACCCGUUCCUGAUGCUGCCCGAGCCGUAUCUACCGAACGGACCCGUCUCACCAUCUUCCAACAAAGUGUCUGUGGUCCAGCAGGGGAUGCAUCCUCUGACGCCGCUGCUGCCCUACGAUCACUUCAACCCCAGUCCUCCACACAUUCCCACAGACGUCAGCCAGAAACCAGGUGUUCACAGGCAUCAGUCGCAGGAAAUCUCCGGUUUCUACUCUCUGCCUCAAGGCCAGAUCACUCCGUCCAUGAACUGGCCCAAUCAGCCUGUCUAUCCUCUGCCCUCCUGCGGCUUCAGACAGUCCUUCUCCUCCAGCCUCCAGAGCAGCUCCUCCUUCCCCAGGUUCUCUCAUUCUCUGAUGCUUCAGUCCGGCAUGCACCCUACAGGCAUCCCACACCCCGCGAUAGUGCCUCCCUCCGGCAAACAGGAGCACGACCAGUUCGACAGGAGCAUUUACACAAGUUCUAGAGCAAAUUACCUUCUGUUUGGUCCUGUGAGAUCUGGAAUUGCCUUCAAAUCUCAUGCAGAGUUGAAGCGCGAGAAGGAGCCCAAGAAGCCGGUGAUCAAGAAACCGCUGAACGCGUUCAUGCUCUACAUGAAGGAGAUGCGGGCCAAAGUCAUCGCUGAGUGCACGCUGAAGGAGAGCGCCGCCAUUAACCAGAUCCUGGGCCGACGGUGGCACGCUCUGACCCGCGAGGAACAGGCCAAGUACUAUGAACUAGCGCGGAAGGAGCGACAGCUUCACAUGCAGCUUUAUCCCAGCUGGUCGGCCCGUGACAACUACGGCAAAAAGAAGCGAAGGAAACGAGACAAGCAGCAGGACUCUGGCACAGACCCCAGCUCACCAAAGAAAUGCCGCGCUCGCUUUGGCCUCAACCAACAAAUGGACUGGUGUGGCCCCUGCAGGAGGAAAAAGAAGUGCAUUCGCUACCUUCAAAGAGGACGCUGCGCCAGCCCCCAUUCUUCCGAUGGAAGUGCUAUAGACUCCUCCCCUUCACCUGUCAAUCACCCGCCAAACCCCGCCUCCCCCACCAGCAGUCCCCUCCCACAGAGCGCCAAACGCUCCGCCCACCCACCCAGACUCUCGCUCGACUUCAGCAGAAUUACAACAGAGAGCGCCGUAAGGCAGCCACAAUGACUGACGGCUCGAUCGCUGCGGAGACUGAUCUCACGUUCUUCAAGUUCUCUUCACUUCAGUUUCCUC